AUGCACUGUGUCGAGGUGGUGGCUCAGGUAAGCUGUUGCGAGGGGCGCCAACCUCCCCUCAUUGUGGAAUACCCAACAAAAAGAGCUGCUGCAGGUCAGGAGAUGGACUGGGCCAUGGCCCUUGAGGCUCAGGCCUGUUCUCGCCAGUGCCCCAAACUGUCCUUCAGAGAUGACCUCCGGGAUGUCACAGUCACACAUGAGCACCCGCACCUGGGCCUGGUGGUCUGCUCUUUCGCCCGGGCCCACCCACUCUGGGCCAUGCGUGACAAAGUGUUCCACAACUUUGACCGCAACCACCUGGACCUCGAUGCACCUGGCUGUGAAUUAUCACCAGCACUUCGGCUGCAGGAAUUGCACAUGGUUAGGUACGGAGCUGUACACAAGGAGCAGUCCCUCCCAAAGCAUGCAGAUGGUUUUCAGAUUGGAAAGAAGUCAGAGGGCAUGACCUGCACACCAUCUGUAUUCUGUGUGCUUUCUAUAGCUGAGGUAAGAGGUCAUGUUAUUCGCUUGGCUUUUGAUGGUUAUCUGAACUGCUGUGACUUUUGGAGCAAUUCUGGCUCUCCUGACAUUCAUGCCAUAGGUGAAAAGACCAAGCAUGACUUGCACAUCCCUAAGGGUCAGAGAAAAGAUAAAUUUGUUUGGACGGAUUACUUGAAGGCCUGCAAAUUGGAAAAUGCUCCUAAGAAAAUAUGCAGAAACGGAAGUUCUAAUGGGCCGCUGAUUAAGGAGAUCCAGGUUGGCAGGAGGCUGGAGGCCACCGACAGGAGGAACCCUUGCCCGGUGUGCACGGCCGCCAUAGCGGGUGUUGUGGGAGACCAGCUGUGAGUGCACUUCCACAGCUGGGAUGAGUGUCACGAUCACUGGUGUGAUGUCAGUAGCCCUUACAUUCAGCCUGUGGGUUGGUGUGGUCAGGAGAAUGGACUAACCCAGUCUGCAGGGCAUGGCAGGGCAGAAGGAGGACAGCGGCACAGGGUGUGGAACAUGCUGUUCAGGACUGGUGACCGCCCUGCAAAGAAGUUGCGUCAUGGCUUUCUGCCAAAUAUGAAAUUUGAAGCUGCGAGUCAACGGAAUCCCCAGUUAAUUGAUGUUGCUACAGUCAUAGAUGCCGGUGACCAAAGAGUAAAGGUGCAUUUUGAAGGUUGGGACCACAAGUAUGGCUCCUGGAUGGAUGCAGACAGCCCUGUCAUCUGCCUCGCCAGGUGGUACAGUGUCAUGGGGCAUCCGCUAGAAGUGCCACACUAUGGAGCACUGAAGACUCCACUUUCUCCUUUCCACUCCUCGGCCCCACAUGCAGCCAACCGCCAAGUUCUACUGAGUUUCCUUGUCCUUCCUCCAGAACCCAUCUCUGAGAUCCACCAUGCUGUCACCAUGAUUCCAAAUGACUUUCAAACUAUAGUCUACACUCAGCUGUGCAGUGGAGGAGGUGGCCUCUGCUCAGAGAUGCUUCCCUGUAGCUGCAGCAACACCUUUGUUCAGAAUCGGAGGUCAGGAACCAGUGAUGUGAAGGUCCUUCCAGGUCGAGAAGUCUGUCCUAUGCUGUGCCGAGGAAUCACCCAUAUCUGUGGUCUAAGUUUUGCAGGACAUCACAGUGCUUUCGGCUACCUAUAUUCGGGCACAAACUUGAAAAAGGAGGCAAUGCUUUAUGAUCACCUGAGAGAACAAACACAGGAAAAUCCGGAACCAGAUUCUUCAUGUUCAAAACUGGAAAACCUCUGUACUAUGAACUUCAGUGGAAAAUGUGAAGAGGGGAAGUCAGCCUGCAUAAGGAAGAGCACAGUCCCGUGCAAGGCCCUGGGGCCCCGAGGCCCGGCCUGUGCUCGAUUCGAAGGGGCUGCUUCACCUCCUCAGCCUCAGAGCCGUUUCACUGGGCUGGGGGGUGUGGAGCCCCGGACCAGCUCUCUGCCCAUGCACACCCAGGCCUGCAAGGCUCAGGGAACGUGUUUGAAAAUCAAAGGAAAAGAAGAUAUUGACUUGGAUAAUCUCUUCAGAGUGCUGUCUUUUCACCCCCGGAGAUGUUUGGAGUACUCCACCGAGCGGACACAGCAGGCGCUCCCCCAGUCAGAGUUCAAGACCUCCACAGCCACCCACCCUCUCUGGACCCUGCCCCUAGACAGGGAGCAGCACUGCGAGCUGCUUCCAGGCAGGGCUGACGUCCAGGCCAGCCGAGUGGCCCGAGGGACAGUGGAAGAGGUGGCUGAGUUUGUACAUUCUCUUCUAGGCUGUGAAGGGCAUGCCGAGAGCUUUAAGAAAGAGCAGAUCGAUGGCAAAACCUUCCUACUUCUGACCCAGAUGGACAUCGUCGGGGUCAUGAAGAUCAAGCCGGGCCCAGCUCUGAAGAUCUACAAUUCCAUCCUGAUGCUAAGGAGCUCCCAGGACCUCGCUGAAGAGCAAGCUGCCUCAGGCCAGAAAGCCCGGGGAUAAUGGGCUCCUGCCUUGCAUGGGCACCAGGACCCAUGCACUCCAGAGUAGAACCAGUGCCAUUGGUUUGGUUUUAGUGACUCCGUAAUCUUAAUCAUAUUUAGUCUGGACCCUCUGCAGCGUCUGUGCUUUGUGAAGGCAGAGGGUUUCACCCAGUGACCAGUGCCAGGGACUCAGACGCAGCACUGUUGUGGGGUGUGUGGCACUGUCAUCUCUGGGUGAGGGCCUUUCCUGCUCUGAUGUGUGGCAGCCGAGAGACCAGAGCCCACACAUCCACCUGCCUUCUUCCUUGCUGGGAAAGAAGCCAUUUUCCAUUUGCAAACAUAAGUCUUUCAAGUGGUAAAGCAGCGAACGGCAGUCCUCAUCGCUAUGCUGUGCAUGUUUCCACCAGGACUGGGCUGAGCGUGGCCUGGGGCUACUGUCUGGGCGCAGCGCAUCUUCAAGCGAUGAGCUGGGGCGUUUUGGACAAGAUUUCACCAGAGAUGUGUGGGUUCAUUACUCAGGAACGUACGACUCUAAGAAAUAAUAGUAGGGACAGGUUUUCAUGAGGCAUGGAUUCUCCUUAUUCCAUCAGCUGUUUCCAGGCUACAGUCCCAAGGUACACUGGAGCCCGGUAAAGGAACAUUCCCAGGAGGGACAGGAGAUGGAUGCUGGCAUUUCUAAAAGCUGCUAGGACCAUCCCCACAGCCCUCCACCAGCGGUGGGACCUCAGGUUCCGCCCUGACACCGGCAGUGGCUGGUGGCCAGACCCAUCCUCACUGGGAUUUCGGGAGGGCUGAUUUCCCUCUGCCGUGACUGGAAGCUGUCUAAUGAGAAGUCAGAAUUGUGUAACGGGUACAGCAGGGACCUGUGUGCACCUUGACAGACAGUGACACCAUGAGAAGAGGAGGCCCCCGAGGCAGGGAGCCCAGCAUCUGUUCGUUUUGAAAGAUUCUGAUUUGUUAUGGGCUCUCAUUCAUGUUUUGUAAAUGAUUCUAUCUGAUGCCCUCAUCCCACAGUCAGGAAAGCCAAGCCCCUGGCAUUCCUUCCACUCCCUGGUACUCCUACCCUAGCAACGGCUACAGAUGCCCUCAUGGCAGUGGAGACCCAGUCAUCAUUUUGGAUUGGGGAGAAAGAGGGAACCCCUAAAAAGGAGCCUCCGCCCUGACUGCACGCACUGCUUCAUUAAGAACCGUUGUUGUUAAUGGUUUAGGAAAGCUGAUUGUGCCUGGAGGCUCCAAAUUUCGGGCGCUGAGGAAAACCGCAGUCUUCUCUAAGACGGGUGCAUGUACCGUGCUUCUUUACCUCCCUCUCUAAAUGUAAUUUGAACGCAUUACUGGUUGAUGUAAAUCUUGUUUCUGUUUUACGUGUUGUUUUGUUCUGCCUUUUGUAGGCAGCCCCAUGCAGUUAAAAUUCCUGCCCCUGCUGUUAAAAUUUAAAUAUAUUUGAAAUGAUAAUAACUGGAGGAAACAAAACCCACACUGCCCCUACCCAAGUGAACGUGUCACUGCGACCUGGGCCUGCCCCAUGGCAGAGCCCUCUUUGUUCAGCCCUGGAGGAGCACAGGUGCCCACGGCGUCAGCAGCAGAGUUGGCACUUUUGACUACUGUACUGUUUGGGAUAUGUUCCCUCAGGGAAUGGGUCAAUAGUUAACAGACAUUAAAUUAGAGGUUUUUCUAAUGAAUAAAAACUUCAGAGUUGCUCAUUUUAUAGGCUCAGUGGAGCGCCUGGGAUUUGGGGUUCAAAUACUUAGUACAUGUGAUUUCAACCAUAGGGCCUAGAGCAGAAAGAAAGAUACCAUGCAAACUGGGUGGGAUUAUAAUUCUUGGAAGAAGGUUGAUCACUAUAGGUAGAGCCAAGUCUCACCUGCUGGACACCUGCUGGACACCUGCUGGAUACCACCAUACUGUCCCCCAGGCGCCCCAGCCUUGCACUCUUUCAAAGGGAGCUCAGCCCUCCUUCCCGAGUAAGCUGUAAGAAGCAGCUAUUCCAGGAGACAAAACUUUAAACUUAGCAACUCUGUCUGCCCCGGUGGUGUAACUUCCUGUGUAGUCAGUGCUGGAGCGCCGGCUCCACAUCCUGUGUGCUACACUUUCUUCUCUCUCUACGCUGUCACACACUGUGAUCCACGAUGGAAUCUUCGCUGAACUCCUUUUCUCCAAACUCAGCCUACCCGGCUGCCCCUUAGCCUUGCACACACUGGUCCCUCUGCCCAUGGUGUCCUAGCCACACUUCCUCGGCAGCCUCCCCUGACACCUUACCUCCAGGCCCCACAGUGGCCAGCACCGUCUAUUGUCCUCCACUCUACUGUUACUGCUCGUCCCUCGUCUCCACACUAGUUCAGGAGAUUGGUGGGGACAGACCCUGGGUCUGCCACGUUCUUCCCUCACUGUCUGCACUCGACACUGUCUGACACUGGUCAGCACACAGUGAGGUGUCUCCUCAUCAGGUGGGACUCUUUGUCAGAGGAGAAAAUGACACCUACCCCAGGGUCUUAAAAUUUGACUUGGAGGAUACACGCACGCAUGUAAAUGCAAGCGACGUGACACAAGGUGCUGGUGCUCUGAGUCGCUUCAAGGGGCCUGACUGUCCGGGCUCAGCUCUGUCCUCGUCUGGCUUCUACUCCAGCCAGUUCCCCUGCUCCUCUUGCUCUCCAGAAAGAUUUGAAGUGUUAGGAGUUGAAACUCUUCA